AUGAACUUCUGCAAUGACCGCGAAGAUGCGACAUCCCUUGCUCUCACGGCAGUCUCUUCUCUCCUGAAGAAGUACAACAUCGAGCCCAAGUCCAUUGGCCGCCUCGAGGUCGGUACGGAGUCCCUGAUCGACAAGGCAAAGUCCAUCAAGACUGUGUUGACCCAGCUGUUUGAGCCUGCCGGGAACACAAGCCUGGAGGGUAUCGACACCGUCAAUGCGUGCUACGGAGGCACAAGUGCUCUUUUCAAUGCCGUUAAUUGGGUCGAGUCUCGCUCAUGGGACGGCCGCGACGCAAUCGUAGUGGCAUCGGACAUUGCGCUCUAUAAGGAGGCCUCUUCCCGGCCGACCGGCGGCGCCGGCUGUGUCGCCAUGCUCGUGGGCCCCGAUGCGGUGCUCUCCCUGGAUCCAACGCUCAAGGGCACCUUCAUGACACACGCCUACGACUUCUACAAGCCCGACCUCAAGGCAGAAUUUCCCGUGGUCAACGGACACGAGUCUCUUCGAUGCUACACCUCAGCGCUUGAUGGCUGCUACAACCGUCUCCGGGAGAGAGUCGAGGAGGCCAAUGUGAAGGCGAACGGCCACGGGCCCAAAACUGACACGCGCAGCCUUUUGGACAUCUUCGACUACAUGGCGUUCCAUACCCCUAAUUGCAAGCUGGUCAGCAAGUCUUACGGACGUCUGCUGUACAACGACUACAAGCUGGGUGGUAACGAGGACACCUGGGGGAAGGUCCCUGCCGAGCUCCGCGAGCUGAGCUAUGAGGACUCCCUAAAGAGCAAGGAGCUGGAAAAGCUGUUUGUCGCUUUGUCCAAGGAUCGUUUUAAGUCGCGAGUCGAGCCGUGUAUUGCCGCUCCCACGCAAUGCGGCAACAUGUACACCGCCAGUCUGUACUGCUCCCUUAUCAGCUUGAUCAGCAACAUCGACCUGAAGACUUCAGUGGGGAAGACGAUUGGCAUGUUCAGCUACGGCAGCGGAAUCGCCAGUACUUUGUUUGCGGUCAAGGUGACAGGUGAUCUUACUGAAUUAGUACAAAAGAUUGAUUUGAUGAACCGAUUGAGUCAGCGCAAGAUCUCUACUCCUGAAGAAUAUGAAGAGGUAAUCAACUGUGCCUAA